CCGGGCGGGGCGGGGUCAGUCGUCUGACUGCGUCAUGGCCGCGCUGCGUGCACUGCUGUCCCGCGUCCCCCUGCGGCCCCCGGCCCACUCAGUGCUGCGGCGCUUCGCCUCGGGGGCUAACUUUGAGUACAUCAUCACAGAGAAAAGGGGGAGGAAUAACACGGUGGGUUUGAUCCAGCUCAACCGCCCAAAAGCCCUCAACGCGCUCUGCAAUGGCCUGAUUGAAGAGCUCAACCGGGCGCUGGUGGCCUUCGAGGAGGACCCGGCCGUGGGAGCCAUUGUCCUCACCGGCGGAGAUAAGGUGUUUGCAGCUGGAGCCGACAUCAAGGAAAUGCUGAACCACACGUUCCAGGACUGUCACUCUGGCAAGUUUCUGAGCAGCUUUGACGAGCUCACCCGGGUCAAGAAGCCCAUCAUCGCUGCUGUCAACGGCUACGCGCUCGGCGGGGGCUGUGAGCUUGCCAUGAUGUGUGACAUCAUCUAUGCUGGUGAGAAAGCCCAGUUUGGGCAGCCGGAAAUCCUGAUAGGGACCAUCCCAGGCGCGGGCGGCACCCAGAGACUCACUCGAGCUGUCGGAAAGUCGCUGGCGAUGGAGAUGGUCCUCACUGGUGACCGGAUCUCAGCCCAGGAUGCCAAGCAAGCAGGUCUCGUGAGCAAGAUUUUUCCUGCUGAGACGCUGGUUGAAGAAGCCAUCCAGUGUGCAGAAAAAAUUGCCAGCAACUCUAAAAUUAUAGUAGCGAUAGCCAAAGAGUCAGUGAAUGCAGCCUUUGAAAUGACGUUGGCGGAAGGGAACAAGCUGGAGAAGAAGCUCUUCUACUCGACCUUCGCCACGGAUGACCGCAAGGAGGGGAUGACUGCGUUUGUGGAGAAGAGAAAGGCCAACUUCAGAGACCAGUGAGGCCCGCUGCUGCGGCCUGGCACCCCUGCGUGGAGCAGCUGUCAGUGUGGGAAGGAAGUUGAUUGUCCUCUCAGGGCGGCGUGCGUUGUCACUUCUCUGCAGCUGUGUGGAGCAUGGGUGGGGCCGGCCACUGCAAGGGCCGGGUCUGGGGGGUGUCAGCCUCUGACCAGAGCCUGUUCUUCUCAAUGACAGCCUCGCUGGGGAGCCCUCAGCACCUGCAGCGAGCACGCCAUGCUCAGGUGGGAGGUGGGGCCGGCCUGUUCGUGGUGGCAGGAACAGGCCGUGGCUGCUCAGAGGGACACACGCUGUCAGCUGGCUCUGCACGUGUCCCCCGCUGAUUAAAGUGACCACGCAGAUCACACAGUGCCUUCAGUCACCUUGACAGGCUGAAUAUUCUGUCACCUUAGUUGUUUCUUAAACUGUUUCUUCAAUGUAAAUGAAAACAUUCGAACUAAA